AUGUCUGGUAAAGCAACUAUCAAGUCUGUCCUCUCCGCCGACAUGGUCGUCCUCAGCGGACGCCCCCGCCAAGGCGCCCCACCUGCCACCCGCACUCUCGGCCUCAACUACAUUCAAGCACCUAAGCUCGGCAAUAAGGAUCGCGCCGACGAGCCAUUCGCGUUCGCAGCCCGCAACUACCUCCGCAAGCUCUUGGUGGGCAAGGAGGUGAUGUUCCGGGUCGACUACACGGUUCCCAGCACCGGACGCGAAUACGGUGCCAUCUUUGUGAACCAGGAGAACAUUGCCCAUAUGCUCGUCCGUGAAGGAUGGGCAGAUGUUCGUGAGAUUAGAGCCUCGGAUGCCGAGAAUGUCGACGUUGAGGCUUUGUACUCUUACAAGGCUGAGGCUCAGGCUGCUAAGCGCGGUAUCUGGGCUGAUAGUGCAUCUGGCGUUCGUAAAGCUCAUUAUAACCUCGAGAGAGACGCUGAAUCAUUCCUGGAAAAGUACAAGGGCAAGCCUCUUCAGGCUAUUAUUGAGAGCAUUCGUGAUGGUUCUACUGUCCGCGCAUGCUUAACGCUACCCAACGACGAAUAUCAGUACAUUACUCUUAUGAUUUCCGGAAUCAGGGCACCCGUCAUUCGUCAAGGAAUCGCCAACACCGACGACCUCGUUGAGCCAUUCGCGGAGGAGGCCAAGUUCUUUGUCGAGUCGCGUUUGCUUCAGCGUGAGGUUCGCGUGAUCUUGGAGAUGGUUGGACAGAACGGAAACAACUUUUUUGGGACGAUUCAGCACCCUGCCGGAAACAUUGCCGAGGCUUUGGUCGCCCAGGGUUUGGCCAAGGUCGCUGACUGGAGCAUUACGCACGUCACUGGUGGCCCAGCAGCUCUCCGUGCCGCUGAGCGCAAGGCUCAGGCUUCCAAAGCCCGCCUCUGGCAGGCUCACGUCGAGAAGUCCAAGGGCAAGGACAACGAAUUCGACGCCACUGUCGCAAGAAUCAUGACUGGAGAUACCGUUAUUGUACGCAAUGCCAAGGGUCAGGAGCGCAAGCUGAGACUCUCCAACAUCAAGGCACCCAUGAGACUUGCUCAGCAGAAGGGAGUUGAGAUUGCCUCGUUCGACUGGGAGGCCAAGGAGUUCCUCCGCAAGAGACUCAUUGGCAAGAACGUCCACGUUACUAUCGACUAUGUCAAGCCUCCCUCUGACCAGUUCCCCGAGAGCACCGAGUGCGCCACCAUCAAGAUCGGAGAGAUCAACGUCGCUGAGCAGCUCGUGUUGAAGGGUCUUGCCGAUGUCAUCAAGUCCCGCGAGGACCGCUCCCAAUACUACGAUCAGCUUUUGGUUGCCGAGGUCAAAGCCAAGGAGGAGGGCAAGGGCAAGCAUUCUGCCAAGGAGCCCCCCAAGUACAAGUGGUCCGAUGCUUCCGAGAACGCUGCCAAGGCCAAGCAGUUCUUGCCUUUCUUCCAGCGUGGAGGCCGUACGCAGGCCAUUGUCGAGUAUGUUGCCAACGGCUCCCGUUUCAAGCUGAUCAUUCCCAAGGAGAACUGCAAGUUGACCUUUGUCCUUGGUGGUGUCCGCUGCCCCCGUGCCGCUGGUCGCCCCGGCGAUAAGGCUGAGCCUUUCGGUGCUGAGGCUUUGGACUUUGUUUCUCGCCGCUGCCAGCAGCGGGAGGUUGAGAUUGAGAUCGAGUCCUUGGACAAGACUGGAGGUUUCAUUGGAUCGAUGUGGCUCAACAAGACUGAUAACGUUGCCGCAUUGCUCCUCGAAGAAGGUUUGGCCACGAUCCACAGUUACAGCGCAGACCAGAGCAAGCAUUCUGGACUCCUCUACUCUGCUGAGCGUGCCGCCAAGCAGGAGCGCAAGAACAUCUGGGCCAACGAGGAUCCCAACGCUGUCCAGGAGGAGGAGGAGGUCGAUACCUCCAAGCCCAUCAAGAAAGAGUACUUGGAUGUCGUUGUCUCUGAGAUUGUCUCUGGAGGCCACUUUUACGUCCAGGUGAUCAACCAGAACAUCCAGAGCCUCGAGAAGAUGAUGGCUGAUCUCGGAAUCCAUCACAAGAACGCCCACAGCGCCCCCGAGAGCUGGAAGCCCCGCAACGGCGAGAUUGUCAGCGCCAAGUUCACAGAGGACAACCAGUGGUACCGCGCCAAAGUCAUCCGCAGCGUUCCCGAGUCCAAGAGCGUCGAGGUGAUCUAUGUCGACUAUGGUAACUCUGAGACGAUCCCAUUGACCCGCGUCGUCCCUCUGCCAUCACAGUUCAACAGUCUUCCCCAGCAGGCCCAGGAGGCUGUCCUGUCAUAUGUCAAGGUCCCCGAACUCAAGGAUGAUUAUGGUGUUGAGGCUGCGACCCGCUUCCGCGAUUUGGUGGGUGGACGUCAGUUGGUGGGUGUUAUUGAGCAGCGCGAGCACAAUGUGAUGCACUUGACUCUGUAUGACCCCAGCGUCUCGCAGGAUCCCGACCGCAGCUUGAACGCAGAGUUGGUCCGUGAUGGUCUCGCCACUGUCUUUGUCAAGUCCCGCUAUGCCCGUCACCCCAGUAACCAGGCCCUCGUUAGCAAGUUGCAAGAGUCAACCGCCUUGGCUAAACGCGAACGUUUGAACUUGUUCGAAUACGGUGACAAUACCGCAGAUGACGAGGAUUCUCGCUAUUAA